UGAGAGUUCUUAGCUUUUGGUAGCCGGAGCGUCGAGUUGACCCGGCACACGACGCGCCACCAACCAUCCGGCGCGAGAUGGAGAACCCGCCGCCGCGACGGUGGCCGCCGGGCUUCCGCUUCAGCCCCACCGACGAGGAGCUCGUCCUCUACUUCCUCAAGCGCCGGAUCGCCUCCGGCCGUCCCACCCCCUACAUCGCCGACGUCGACGUCUACAAGUCCCACCCCUCUCACCUCCCUGAGAGGUCGGCGCUGCAGACGGGGGACAGGCAAUGGUUCUUCUUCAGCCGGCUGGACCGCAAGUACCCCAACGGGUCGCGCGCCAGCCGCACCACCGGCGACGGCUACUGGAAGGCCACGGGGAAGGAUCGCUUCGUCUUGGGCGGCGGCCGGCCGGUAGGGAGCAAGAAGACACUCGUGUACCACCACGGCCGCGCGCCUCGCGGGGAGCGCACGGACUGGGUCAUCUACGAGUACACCAUCCUCGCCGAUGCGCUCCCGCUGGCCGCGGGCGCGCGCGAGGCGUACGCGCUGUACAAGUUGUUCCAGAAGAGCGGGGCCGGGCCCAAGAACGGCGAGCAGUACGGCGCGCCCUUCCGGGAGGAGGAUUGGUUGGACGACGAGGAAGGAGUGGCUUCGGAUGCUGCCGCUCAUCCUGUUCCUACCACCGCUAAUUCUGCUGCUAUAGUCGAGGACUAUACUGACCGUGAGCUUCCCGUUGGGGAUCUUGAGGGGCUCCUGUCGCAGAUUGGAAAUGAUCAGGAGUAUGGUGAAACACAGUUAGAUUUCUCGACACCUGCUUCCUCCCAAGGUCAGCUUCAGCAUUGUCAUGGUCAGGGUUUGCUCAGUGAUGGUGUCGACAAGGCUGAGGUUGUGGAUGCUUCCAUUAGUAGCGGUGCUGUGGUACUGGCGGAGAAUACUGGCACUGAUCUCCCUCUUGAGGAUAUUGAGGAGCUUCUGAUGCAAAUGUCCGAUGAUCAGCAAAACACGGAAUUGUUCUCUGAUUUCCCAACAUCACUUCCGGAAUCGCAGCUUCAGUGUGACAAUCAGCAGUUUUGGCUUGAUGCAGGCAGGGGGCAGGAAGUUUGCGCUGCAGGUCCUACCACCAGCAGUGAUGCUGUGGUGACAGCAGAAUGUUCUGGCACAGAGCUUCCACUAGGGGAUCUUGAAGGGCUUUUGCUGCAAAUAGCCAAUGACCAAGAAAUGUUUGAACCUCUGUCAGAUUUCUCCACACCAUUUCCUGAUUGUAACUUCAGUCAGGUUGGCAUUGGAGAUGUCCGUGAAUCUCAUGGUGCUCCAGUUGGUGGUCUUUCUUGUAUAGUUCAACAAAGCAUAUAUUUUGAUCCACGGACUGAGCCAAGUAGUCAAAUUCCACAUUCCAAUCUCGCCAAUGUGCCGUUUAUUGGAGAAACUAAUUGUGCUGAAGAAACAAGUGCGUUACGUUCUGUGUCAGGUCUGAUCAGUUACAACAGCCAGGAUGCUGAUGAGUUCCUUGAAAUCAACGAUUUCUUUGAUCUGGAGGAUGUUGAACAGAGUACGAAUUGUACAGCAACUGAACACUUGAUAUCUGCAACGAGUGGGAUGCUUGACAAUUUGGAGUACUCCGAUGCCCCUAUGUUCCUACCUGGGCCAUUUGACACAGCUGGAUUGGUAGCUGAAAAUGAAUUUGUUGAUUUUGGUAACAGUGGAAUCCAGAACCAGGGAUAUCAGUAUACAGCUGAAGUAAGGACACAAAAUCAGGUUGCUCUUAACGUGCGGAGCCAUAUGAAGCAUAAUCAUGUUGUCUUAUCCUCGCAUGCAUCAGGCACUCUGAAUCUUCAUACAGAGAAUGAGCCACCUAACCGGAGUGCAAGUGCUUCACAAUCAUGGUUUAAUGCGGCUUUAUCAGCGUUGUUGGACUCUAUACCUAGCAGUCCUGCAAUGGCUGCUGAAAUUGAAAACACUGUUAUUAACAGAACACUUCAGCGCAUCUCUAGCUUCAGGUCACAGCAAGCUGCAAGUGAAGAAAACACUGUUAUUAACAGAACACUUCAGCGCAUCUCUAGCUUCAGGUCACAGCAUGCUGCAAGUGAAGAAGCAAGCAUCCCAGUUAUUCAGGCUACAAGAGGUGGCAGACUGAUCUUCCUCCCUCUACUGGUUAUACUUGCUGCUGUCAUGUGGACCUUUACCGCUGGGUCUGCAGUCAAUUUUUUCACGGGGUUAUGGAAAUCCUCUUCUGCAUGACAGGACCGACAACAACUUUUUCCCUGUUAUGCUGGCAAUCUGGUCAUCUCUAAUUCUUUUUUGUCUUCAGUACGAGUUACUGUUUCACUAUCCCUUCCCUUUCAAAAGGGCAAAGAGGUAGAAGCAUUUCGAGGGUGUUACAAUGAUUACAGGUGUUAGCAAUGAGCUUAUGCGAUAGGGGAAAAAAAGAAGAGAAUGCUAGGAGGAAAAUGAUAUAUGAUGGUAAUAUUUGUAACUAAUGAGUUAUUGUCCUCAUCUGUUCUGAGGAAAAUGUAUACUGAAUGUAAUUAAGCAGUGAAGAAAAUAAAGUUUUCUGUGCAUAGCAUAGCA